AUGGUCGAUAACACCAGCGUGGCCAACUCUGCUUUGCCCGGAACCUUUUCCAGCGACAGCCUCCUGUCCUCGGUCCCUAUGCAGAGUUCAGCGGUGGCUCACAGCGCGCCUUCCGGCCCGGGGCCCGGCUCUGGCCCCAGCUCUGGCCCCGGCCCGCAGCCCGGGGGCAUGCGGCUGGAGGCAGUUAUGGAGAACCUGCAACGGCAGCAGGCGGUGCGGCUGCGGCAGGCGGAGAAGGAGCUCCAGAGUCAGCUUCAGCACCAGGCACUGCUGCGGCACUAUCAGGCGACAGUGCGCUUCAGCCCGGGGCUCACACCGGGGCUCACGGCGGGACUGACACCGGGGCUGGCCCUGGGGCUGCGGGUAGACUCUAGAGCCAGCAGCGAGGAGCGGGACGUGGAAGACUCGGAGGAGGACGAACCGCUGGAGGAGGAGGAGCGCUUCCCGCCGCAAAGCAUAAGCCGCGGGCCGCUCAUCAGCAGAGUCCCGCUGGCCCGCUCCAUGCGCCCGGAAUCCCCGCAAAACGCCAGCCACGAGUGGACAUACGAGGAGCAGUUCAAGCAGUUGUAUGAGUUGGACAAUGAUGAGAAGCGCAAAGAGUUUCUGGACGACCUAUUUGGAUUCAUGCAGAAGAGAGGGACCCCUGUGAAUCGGAUUCCCAUCAUGGCCAAGCAGGUGCUGGACCUCUACAUGCUUUACAAACUGGUGACCGAGAAAGGCGGAUUAGUUGAAGUCAUCAAUAAGAAGAUCUGGAGAGAGAUCACCAAAGGGUUAAACCUGCCCACGUCCAUCACCAGCGCUGCCUUCACGCUGCGCACACAGUACAUGAAGUACCUGUACCCAUAUGAGUGUGAGAAGCGUGGUCUCAGCUCACCCUCAGAGUUGCAGGCUGCUAUCGACAGUAACCGUCGUGAGGGCCGACGCCAAAGCUAUGGCUCCCAGCUCUUUAACUACUCUCCUGUGAGCACACCCACACUCCUAUCUCCACCCAAAAUGCACCUGCCGCACCUGCCCCUUGGCACGCACCCCAAUGGACACCUCAGUCAGCUGGCCAGCAUCAAGAAGGAGGAGCCACUCCUGUCGGGCUGCCUGCCAGGCCGCCUGCCAGGCCCCAGGGCCCACUCCCACCACAUGGGGGCAGUGCAGGCUGCUGCUCUAGACACGCUCAGAGAGAAGCUGGACCAUACAGAGCCCCCAGAGAAGAAGAUGAUGAUGGAUGAGCAGCGGCUGAUGCAGCAGGCGCUACAGUGCAACCUACUGGCCAUGGCAACACAACUGCCACUCAGCAUCUCCCUCAGUAACAGAGAUGAUAGACAAGAGGCCGCAUUGAACCUGUCUACCGACGGCAUUAGCAGCAUCAACAUGUCAAUAGAAAUAAAUGGAGUUGUCUACACAGGCAUCCUUUUCGCUCGGCAGUCUGCUCUGAGCACAGGGGCCCAUCGUCAGGGGCCCAAGCACAGUGGCCCCCACACUCAGGGAAUGAGUAGCCCCGUCCUGCCUGUCCACUUCAGCCAUCAGCCGCCUUCCUCUGCUUCCUCCUCAUCCUCCUCACUGCACGGACGCGGAGGCCCUUCCCCUUGA